GUCAGCAUGCCUCUCUCUCUCUCUCUCUCUCUCUCUCUCUAAAUUGGUGAAGAGCUUAUAGCUAACACUAAACUUGCUUUUCAUGUGAACUUGUAUUAUAACCUUCCUUCCAAUGAUUCCAAACUUUAAUCACCCUCACCUUCUCGCUCUCUCUUCUUCUCGAAAACUUUCCCUUCUCAAACACAAUCUUUCCUCUCCAUUCCUCCCUUUUCCUUCCUCUCUCUCCAAAAUCUUCUCAUAAAAUCCAAGAAAUUAAUUACACUUCUCUCUCUCUCUCUCUCUCUCUCUCUCUCUCUCUCUAUAUAUAUAUAUAUAUAUAUAUAUAUAUAUAUAUAUAUAGACACACACACACACACACUCCCUUUCUCAAGCUUUCUUCUUUCUCCUCAAAAUCUCUCUCUCUUAAUUCCAGCUAUUUGCCUCUCAAAAAGCUCUCUCCUUUCUCAUCAAAACCUCUCUCUCUAAUUUACCCCUCCAAGCUCACGCUUUUCUAUUGAAAGCUCCACUCUUUUCCAAAUCUACAAAAAAACCCACUUCACAAAUCCCUCUCCAAACCCAAGAUCAACCCAAAAAGAUGGUUUUCUGUUGUGGAGUAGAAUCUGUAGUUAUACUAGGCUUUGGUCGCUGGGCUUGGAAGCGUUGCACAUACAUUGGUGCUAAUGACAGUGCAAACUGGACCUUGGCAACCCCAGAAGAGUUUGAACGAAUCCCUCGUAUGUGUCGUUUAGUUCUUGCUGUCUACGAAUCAGAUCUUCACAACCCUCAAUUCAUUCCUCAACAUGGUUACCGCUUAAACCCAGAUAGGGUUAUUAAGCGUGUAACUUAUGAGCAAACACGAGGGCGUGCCCCUCCUUAUAUAAUUUACAUAGAUCAUGAUCAUAAAGAGAUUGUUUUGGCGAUUCGGGGAUUGAAUUUAUACAAAGAGAGUGAUUAUAAAACGUUGUUAGAUAAUAGGUUAGGAAUGCAGAUGUUUGAUGGAGGUUUUGUGCAUCAUGGGUUGUUGAAGUCUGCUGUUUGGUUAUUGACAGAAGAAGGGGAGACAAUGAAGAGGUUGUGGGAGGAGAAUGGGAAAGUGUAUGAUAUGGUUUUUGCUGGACAUUCUUUAGGGUCUGGCGUAGCGGCUUUGUUAACUGUUAUUGUGGUUAAUCAUAGAGAUAAGUUAGGAGGGAUUCCUAGGGAGAAGAUUAGGUGUUAUGCUAUGGCUCCAGCGAGGUGUAUGUCACUUAAUUUGGCUGUUAAGUAUGCUGAUGUUGUUCACUCUAUAAUUUUGCAGGAUGAUUUCUUACCAAGAACAGCUACUCCAUUGGAAGAUAUCUUUAAGUCAAUCUUCUGCUUGCCCUGCUUGUUGUUUUUGGUUUGCUUGAGAGAUACCUUCGUUCCAGAAGGUAGAAAACUUAGAGAUCCAAGAAGACUUUAUGCUCCUGGACGAAUGUAUCAUAUUGUAGAGAGAAAAUUUUGCAGAUGUGGGAGGUUUCCACCAGAGGUCAGAACUGCCAUUCCUGUAGAUGGAAGAUUUGAACACAUUGUCUUAUCAUGUAAUGCCACAUCUGAUCAUGGAAUUAUUUGGAUAGAAAGGGAAUCACAGAAAGCCUUGGAGAAAAUGAAGGAAAUCAGUUCUGAAACCAUCACAACUCCUCCGGAUGUACAAAAAUUUGAAAGGAUGCAGACAAUUGAACAAGAACACAGGAAUGCAUUGGAAAGAGCUGUCAGUUUAAAUAUUCCUCAUGCUGUGGCCACCCCUGAUGCAGAGCCCUGCAUGGAUAAUGAUGCAGAACCCUGCAUGGAUAAUGGAACGGUGCCUUCCCAGUCCGAGGGUGAACAAGCCUCGAAAACUAAAUCUACCUCUAGUGGCGGAAAGACUAACUGGGAUGAAGUGGUUAAAAAACUUUUCAAGAAGGGCGAGUCAGGACACCUUGUCUUAAACAAAGAUGUAACUGCUCUAAAUAACAUUUCUGUUGUUCAACCUUCGUGAAUACCACUUAAUCUCUUUCAAUCUUUUAGUAAGAACUGAGAGUUUGUGUAUCUUGUUGCCAUAAUGCCAUUCAAACCCUGGUUUGUUGCA